AAAUUGCAUUCACAUAGGUAAAAGUCUGUCGGUCGCUCGGUUGGUUGGUUGUUCUAGUUGGUCAGCUUACGUAAUUUUUGCACAACUGAAAGGAUUUAAUCAAUUUUGGAUCCGUGAAAUUAGCAUCGACUAGAAUUCGAAGUGCCGGUUCAGAUAAAUCAAGCUAACUACAAUAGUUCUGGGGAAUGAGUGUAGUUAAUGAGUGCUUAAAAGUUUCGUGCUGGUGAUUUGAAAAACCGAUUCCAGUUUAUCUGUGCAAAAAAUAUCCGCAAAGCUAUCGAUCUAGGUGGCAUACCAGAGCUCACGUAAUUUGUGAAAAAUCGGAAACGAACCAAAGUCCUAACGACCCAAUAAAAUGUUUGCGGUUUGCAAAAGCGGUGGUGCACUGAUCACCAGUGUUCAUAGGUACGGUGUUCGUUGCAUCGGCUCGGUAGUUCCAGACAACAAACUAUCGGAGUUCCCACUUGUCAAUGAGCCGGUGUUGAGCUAUAAGAAGGGAUCAAAGGAGCGCAAAGAAAUCGAAGCAGCACUCAAAACUACCGCUAGCAAAACGGAAGAUGUACCCAUUAUUAUCGGCAAUGAAGAAAUCCGCACGAACUCCGUUCAGUACCAGGUGAUGCCGCACAAUCACAGCAAAAAGAUUGCGCAAUUCUACUGGGCUGACAAAAAGCUAGUGGAGAAAGCCAUCAAAACCGCCACCGAAACUCAGGUCAAAUGGGAUCGAACACCAAUUUCCGAGCGGAUCAAAAUCUGGCAGAAGGCUGCCGAUCUUAUGGCUGGUCCAUACCGACAGGAACUGAACGCCGCAACUAUGCUCGGACAGGCAAAAACUGUGAUCCAAGCGGAAAUCGACUCCGCUGCAGAACUGAUAGAUUUUAUUAGGAUGAAUACAUUCUAUUUGAAAGAAGCUACAAAAUAUCAGCCCAUUAGCGAAAAUGUCAAAGUGACGAAAAAUUCUAUGCGAUUUCGAGGUAUAGACGGUUUCAUUGCCGCCAUCAGCCCGUUUAACUUUACUGCGAUCGGCGGAAAUCUGGCUUAUACACCGGCGUUAAUGGGAAAUGGAGUUUUAUGGAAACCAUCGGACACAGCUUUACUGUCCAAUUACAUCAUUUUCAAAAUAAUGCGCGAAGCCGGCGUUCCUCCAGGUGUCGUCAACUUCAUUCCAACUGAUGGGCCAGUAUUCGGUGAUACGAUUACGGCAUCACCCCAUCUUGCCGGUAUCAACUUCACCGGCUCAGUACCAACCUUCAAUCGACUGUGGCGUCAAGUUGGUGACAACAUUAACAAUUACAUAAAUUUCCCAAGGCUAAUCGGUGAAUGCGGUGGUAAAAAUUACCACUUCAUUCAUCCAUCGGCUGACGUCCAGUCAGUUGUAAACGGUACUAUCCGCUCAUCGUUCGAGUUUUGUGGACAGAAAUGCUCCGCUUGCUCUCGAAUAUAUGUCCCAGAAUCGCUGUGGCCUAAGGUUAAGGAAGGACUCUUGAAAGUACGGGACACACUAAAAAUCGGAGACGUAACCGAUUUCAGCACUUUCACAUCGGCGGUCAUUGACGACAAGGCAUUUAAACGGAUCAAAUCAUAUAUUGAUCAUGCAAAGAGCUCGAACAAACUGGAAGUGAUUGCAGGUGGCAAAUGUGAUGAUAGCAAAGGUUAUUUCAUCGAACCGACCAUCGUUCAAUCUAGCGAUCCAUUAGAUAAAAUCAUGGUUGAAGAAAUAUUCGGCCCGGUGCUAACUGUGUAUGUUUACAAAGAUAAUGAUUUGGAUCAGACGCUGAAGCUGGUUGGUGGUUCCACGAAGUUUGCUCUUACGGGAGCAGUUUUCUCGAAAGAUGAGGCGUUCCUGAAACGUGCUCUAGAGGAAUUAAAAUUAACUGCUGGUAACUUUUAUCUCAAUGACAAAUCUACCGGCUCGGUUGUGGGCCAGCAGCCGUUCGGAGGUGGUCGAAUGUCCGGAACCAACGACAAGGCCGGUGGACCGCACUAUGUGCUGCGAUGGUCCACACCACAGUCUAUUAAGGAAACGUUUGUUCCACUGAACGAGGUGGACUAUCAGUAUAUGCGGGAGUAAGCUGUACGGCAAACACCAGUUGUGAAAAUUUGUGAUUGAUUUAUCAACAAAAAACGCGAAUCUAGCUUCUUUUACGUUAAGAUAUUGCACGAUCGAAAACUAUUAUUUUAGAGGGCCUACGAUUUAAUCAAUAUGUCUCGAAUGAUUGAAUUUUUGAAAUCAGUUUAGUUUGUCAUCUCGAAGCACCGCGUGCAGAAAAUUUCACGCCGUACUAAUAUUGUCAUCUUACAUAACCAUGUUUUGCCUGGUCUCAUAGAGACUGUUCCGCACCAUAUACAUAGGUUAUCAAAAAGCUACUUUAAAGUUUAAGUAGGCCUAUUUAUCAAGAAUAUUUUAAUCCCUAUCAUUUUUUUCAUCUUUUGAAAGAUAGCCUGUUGAUGGAUAUUUGUUGAUUUUGUUGUUUUUAUUACUGUUUGUUUCAUUUAUCCUUAGUCAAUAAAACAGAUACAAACUGAAUUUUAAAACAGACAUUAUGAAAAACACUAACAAUUUCACUAUUGACAAUAUGAUGAUAGGAUUGGAAAUACCGAUGUACUAUAAGUGUGGUUGAGUAAUCUUUUCUAAAAGAAAUAAAUACCAUAAAACAUAAACCGGCUUUACCAAUGUCGCGCAAUAUAUUCGAUACAAACUAGCCAUUAUUAUAAAGCUGUAAUCGCAUGCAUGCUCCUAAAUCCAAAGCAACUGGUUCAUAGAUAAAAUAGUCAAGCGCUGCAAGCUGUAGAUUAGCUACGAUUGAAUUUCUCUAUGAAUCGGUCACACCAGUAAUAAAACAUGUAAACGAUGUAUAUUAGAGACAACAUGAUGUUAUGUUGCAUGAAUACGCAGUAUUUAAAACAGCCACAAUAAUUAUUUUUGCCAUAACACGUACUGUAUUAUUGUCACCUACACUGAAUGGAAACACAUGCACACAAUUUGAUGAGAACGGUCGAAAUUUUUCCAAAAAGCUGUGAAAUUAUAAAUUAAAACAGUUUAGUUAACUACUGUGUAGUGGGCAUAUAUCAUUGAACUGUACAACUUUAUUGACGAAAAGUUUCUGAAUAUAUCGGGUUCGUUCUAGAUAUGUCCGCUAUUCACCUGGUCCUUUAGCGUACCAGAAGAACGCGUGAACAGGUUCAACUGAGAGAAUUAUUAAUAGAUGAGAUGACACGGAAAUCGAGUUAAUAAAUGUUUAAAUGAUCUUCAAA